AUGGACCGAGCUCGGAAAAAGGAUGCCAUAGAGGCAGAAUGGCUGCGGAACUACCAAUUGAUUCGGAACUUAUACCUCUCAGAUAUGUCUCUCAAUGAUCUCGUCUACUGGUUGGGUAUCUUUGAAAAUUUCACUGUCACGAAAUCCCAACUUGAGUACCGAUUGAAAAAGUGGAAUAUUUCGAAAAACAUCGACCGUGACACAUGGAGGUAUAUUGACCAAACGAUCAAUAAAAGGAAGAGGGAAGGCAACGAGAGCGACGUUAUUUUAUGCGGUAAGCGAGUAAAGCAAUCCACCAUCGAAAAAGAAACAAAUCGCCACCGCGACAUAAGUAUGCCGGCGCAAAACCUCUCUGGAAGCUGUGUUCAGUCCACUACAUUAUCGGAUCAGAUAAUUAUUUGUACGCCCCAACCAUACCUUAACGAGAUUGAGUGGCCAACGACGCUGCCAUGGUUCAAGUUCCGAUCCAAGUUGCAAGAAUGGUUGAGCUAUAUUCAGUUACACAGAACGACGAGCGAGCCAGGAGGGCUAGUAAUGAAUCUUCUUCUUACAUCGAGGAUAUUGCUGGUUGGCUACAAAUUCGACCAAAGUCAGCUAAGCCACCUCGUCCCCAAGUUGGCUAUGACCCUUGUUCUGGGAAUGCCGGAAUACCUCCCUGGCGAACACCUGCAGACCGCUCAAAUUAUCGCGACCGGCACCCCACAGGUCAUGAUGCCUGAGUGCCUGAAACUCAUUUUCUAUAAAGUCUCCAACAACAUGGUCUCAGAAUGGGGGGCAGAUGACUUUGAGAAUCUCUACACUCUCAUCUCCAGGACUGGGCUCUUGAGUGCCAUAGACAGUCUAAGGAGAGCCCGACAACAGGAUCUGACGAUCAGAGCAUUUAUGGAUAAUCUUUUCAGGUGCCUCAUCAAGUUCAUCUGCUCUACAAAGAGCAUGGUGAAUAUGGAGAAUCCUAAGACUCUCGUCAAAUGGCUUCUUUCUUUGGGCCAAGACCCUAACAUCAACUUUUUUGCGCGCCCCUAUGUAAAGACAGCACUGGAGCGAGCGAUCGUUUCUAGACAGGUAGACAUAAUUGAACCGCUUCUGAAGGCCGGUGCCGUUGUUAGUAGGAAUUGGGGGAGUUCCAGUCCUCGGUCGGUUAUAAGCCUUGUACUGCGUGAUCGAAUUUAUGAUCACGAAGGAGCACACAUCAUCAGGCUCCUGUCGGGCCACUACAAGUUUUUAACUGCAAAGGAAGUUCUUCAAGCGGCCAUUCUACUACAGGAUGAACGCCUUUUCGAUCAGGCUUUAGGCAUUGGCGCCGAUAUCUCGCUUCCUAUCGAAACGCGGAAAGACGACGACCCAAUACCUACGAUGUUGGACAUCGUCAAGGAGGAGACGGCUUUAAGCACGGCUGCUACAGUCGGCAUUCAAGCAACAAGGAACAUAUUUCACCUUCUCCACCACCAAGAUGGGGCCGUCAAGGCGGCGUCAUUUAUCACGGCUGAUGUCUUCAUUUCAGCAGCAUAUGCCGGGGACGCUGAUGUUAUAUCGUUUCUCCAUGAAAUCAACCCUAUCGGUUUCAUGCGCAAUGCGCGUGGCAUAACACCUUUGGAAGUUGCUAUCAAGCAAGGUCAUCAGGAGGCUUACCAGUUACUGUUCAAGCUCUAUCGCCAAUCCAACGCCACUCUUCUCCUUAUUCCGAUAUUGACAGACCAACUCGACAUAUUACAAUACCUUCUGUCGAACGGGCUUGACGUCAAUCUUACGACGAAAUGGGAUGAUAUAGAUGCAUGCGAGUUCUUGGUGGAUAGUCGACUUCUGGGUUACAAUUUUCUAGUAUGCGAUCAAGACAAAUCCCCCACUGUUUUAGAAUUACUUCUCCGUGUUGUUUCGUUCAGCCAUCGCUGGAAUGAUGGGAUCAAAGUCCUUGUAAGAUCGGGAGCCUUUUUGCCUGCAGAAGCAAUUCUUCAAUUGUCAAGUGGAGGACACGACGACAUACUUUCUUCUGCUCUCGACGCGGGAGGCAACCCGAACAUAAAAGAUCCGAGCGGAGACAGCGUGCUCGCGUUGGCUCUGCGGAGCAAAAACACGAAAUGUGUCCAGAUACUUCUAGAAAGAGGCGCUGAAUUGCAAACAUUUACACCAGAAGUGUUUGAGGCCCUCGUGCCUGAUCAUAUAUGCAACAUUCGAGGACAGUACAGACAUUAUGACCCGCAUCUCAGAGCUCUCCUUUUGGAACACUGGGCGAGCAUUUUCAACACCGGAAACGACAGCGUGCUUGAAAUCGACGCUGCGAUUAUCGCACAGCAUAAUUCCCAGCUUCAAAGUACAUUUUCAGAAUUGCCAACAUACUACAGCCCAUCAAGCUUAUGCUGUGCUGUGCUAGUUGAGAACCACUGGGUCAUUGACUUUCUUCUCAAAAAUAAACCUCUUCAAGCACCUCAGGAUAUUUUAGAAGGAACCGCAGUUGGUUUGGCCGCGAUGUUAGGUAAUCUUCAUUUGGUACGAAGGCUUAUAGCGCAGCUUCAUAAACCAGAGACCGCGCUGCUUCCGUUUUCUGCCUGGGAUUCUCCCUUCUCUUUCUCUUCCUCUACAGGUCUUCUCAUGACUUCAUCACGCAUUUUCUGGCAUCAACGCCCGAGCGACUAUGAUAAAUUUGAUGGCCUUGAUGGUCUUUCUACGGGCAGUCCGCUGGCUUUAGCCGCAUUCUACCGAAGAACAGCUGGGUUUUUGGAGCUAUUAAGUCACGGUUAUCAGCCUGACGAUAUCACAUGGGCUAGGGCUUUUAGUUUGGAUACUCAUGAUUGUUUGAAGGCGCUCAUGGAUCACCACCUGGGGGCAGGGAGUCUUCAACUACCGCUAUUGACACUUUCGCGCUUCCUGGAAUAUGCAAUACAUCGUGGAAUGGAGAAAGCUGUCGUCUGGCUUAUUAAUUCAGGAGCGGAUAUUAACGAGAACGAUGUGUUUGGACGCAUGGGCCGCUCUCCUGUCCAACUUACUAUUGAACUGGGCCACCUGACAAUCGCUGAGAGCCUCCUGCGGUCUGGAGCAGAAGUCAAUGCAGCACCAUCUGUUUUUGAUGGUGUAACAGCUUUACAAUGUGCCGCUAUUGGGGGACAUAUUGGAUUGGCAAAGCAGUUGCUAGAUGCCGGUGCACGAGUCAACGCCAGGGGCAGCCGAAUGAAUGGCCGAACGGCCUUGGAAGGGGCUGCUGAGCGCGGGCGACUUGACAUGGUUGAACUCUUACUCUACCACGGUGCAAUUACCACGGGGUUAGGGAGAUUUCAGUUCCUUCGAGCUAUUCAUUUGGCAGAGCAAGAAGGACAUCAUGCUACAGCAUUAUUGUUACGGCAAUCGAGGGAGUGGACGGAUGAGGACACACACACAUAUGAUUCAAUGUGUCUGGGGUGCAGAUAUUACUUUUCCGAGCCGAGGCCGCGUGGUCAAAGGUGUCGUGCUUGUGACAACAAGUAUACGCAAGGGCGAUAUUGUUGUGACGAGAUCCACAUGCCAGAGGAUAACUGCUACCACUGUUACACUGCAGAUGAGGAGCUUCGUUUCGACCUUAAAUUGCAAGCAGACGAAAGUGAACCAGACAGGGAUGGAGAAUUGGAGGAAGGGAUAAAAUUAGCAGAUGAUGGUCGAUCUGAUACGAGUUCAGAGGAUACUGUUUCGCGCUACACUUAUCUUUAA